UCAAGCUGGUCAAUGUCAACGCUGCAUCGGUGUGCACUGCAAGCAAUUUAUUGCAGUUUUCUUUAUAAAUAGUCUCAAUUUUAGCAUUUCAAAUGGAGGUCCUACUCGCUAACGUAGAUCAUAUCAAAUUCGAUAUAGAUUUUGCAUUAGACGAGCAAUAUGGAGCUUUACCGUUGCCGUUUCCCGGAAUGGACAAGUCCACGGCAGCAGUAUGCGAAUUUUACAGUCAACCUAAUGGAUGUACAAAUGGACCUCAAUGUCCUUACAGACACGUCCGCGGCGACCGCACGGUGGUUUGCAAGCAUUGGCUGCGCGGCCUGUGCAAGAAGGGUGACCAGUGCGAGUUCCUUCACGAGUAUGAUAUGUCCAAAAUGCCGGAGUGCUACUUCUACGCCCGUUUCAAUGCCUGUCACAAUAAGGAGUGCCCGUUUCUUCAUAUAGACCCGGAGAGCAAGAUCAAAGACUGUCCCUGGUACGACCGCGGUUUCUGCCGGCACGGGCCGCACUGCCGGCACCGCCACGUGCGCCGCGUGCUGUGCACCAACUACCUAGCCGGGAUGUGCCCUGAAGGGCCCUCCUGCAAGUACAUGCACCCGCGCUUCGAGUUACCUGCGCCGCCGGAACAAACUAAGGAUGCUAAGCGGUUGCCUGUUUGUCAUUAUUGUUCUGAAGUCGGACAUAAGGCGUCGUCGUGUAAUAAGAUACCGGCAGAGCAACGCGAAGCAGCCCAACGCCAAGAAGAAGCCCGGUACCGAGCGCUCGGCUACAUCAAGCCGGCCAACGAAAAUGAGAACUCCGAGAGCCCUCGCACUCAGCGCAUGAUGCACAAGCCGCUUGAGGAAGUCACCUGCUUUAAGUGCGGCACGAAAGGACAUUAUGCCAACCGGUGCCCAAAGGGGCAUCUCGCUUUUCUGUCGAGUCAGAAUCAGAAUCAGCAGAAUCAGCAGAACCAAAACCAGUGGCUAAGGGACAAACAGCAGCAGCAGCAGCAGCAGUGAUAGUGUUUAGUUUUAGUUUUGAUUAAGUGACAUGGAGAGUAUGGUUAAGUUGGUCUUCACAUAAAGCCCGCUCCAGACUACGCGGCGCGAAGCCGCGAACGCGAGUGUGGAGUAGAUUUCGCUGAUUAGCGAACUAGACUCCACAGUCGCGUUCGCGGCUUCGCGCCGUGAUUCGCGCAUGAGUGUGGAGGGCUCUUUAAAUGCGCUGCUCCCGUAUGUGAGCGAGACACCGCUAUGAAUGGCCGUAGUGCUGUCUCGCUCUCACAUGAAGCACCGUGCGGAUUCGCAUAAGUGUGAUAACUAACUGCAUAAUGUA